CAGCACUCGAGAAAGUAUACAUUUACGUAGUUACUGGUCGCUGUUUAGUUCGUUUUGCAUCACUCUCGUAAGAUUUUACGUUACCAUUGCGCUUACAGCACAAUGUCCCGAUUGUCGUACACCUACAGAGGUCUCAUUGUUCCUGUAUUAACUCCUUUCAGUAAUAAUGGAUCACUUAAUUUGGAUGUAAUACCAAAAUAUGCAACAUAUCUAGCAAAAAAAGGAAUCAAAGGUAUACUUGUUAACGGUACAAAUGGUGAAGGAAUGUCAAUGUCUGUUGCCGAAAGGAAACUUGUUGCCGAAACCUGGAUAGAAGCAGUAAAAGAAACAAAGCAACACUUGAUGGUUCAAGUAGGAGGCGCACCUCUUCCCGAUGUUAUCGAACUUGCAAAACACGCAAGUGGUCUACGCGUGGAUUCUAUACUCUGCUUACCAGAAUUAUACUUCAAGCCUACUACUCCUAAACAACUGAUUGAAUACUUGGAAAUAAUUGGCAAGGCAGCGCCAAACACACCAUUGUUAUACUACCAUAUUCCUGUGAUGACUAAUGUUAACAUACACAUGGGACAAUUCCUUGAAUCAAUUGGUGACAAAAUACCUUCAUUUGUGGGUAUAAAAUUUACGAGCGCUAACUUGGAGGAGGGAGCGCAAGCCCUACGUGCCGAUAACGGAAAAUAUACUAUUUUUCUUGGCAAUAAUCAGUUAAUAAACGCCGCAUAUACAUUGGGAAUAGAUUCCUUCAUAUUAAGCAGCAUAAAUGUGUUUCCGGAACUUGUAUUAGAUCUCCUUGCUGUUUGCAAAAAUGGAGAUAUGUUAAAAGCUAAAGAUAUGCAAGAAAAGCUUUCAAGUGCUGUAAUUGCUAUAAUGAAACAUAGUAAUCGGGUGCAGGCUAUGAAAAUAGCAAUGGCUCUUCUUACUGACAUUGACGUAGGGCUAUCUCGUGCAUCAUCCAAAUCUAUUUCUUCUGAGAUUGUAGAAACUAUGAUAAAGGAUUUAACGAACUCAGGGUAUCAGCCAAACAUUAAAUAUUACUGAGAAUAUUUUCCUUCUCCAGUUUAUAAUAAUUUAUACAACUUUUAUUAUAUUGUAUUAUAUUGUAUUAUAUGUCUGGUUUUCCAAUAAAUUGUCCAAUUAUAAACAUAAA